AGCUUGACCGCAGUCUGGACACAGACUGUGAGUGACACUGGUGUCUCACAGAUAAACAAACCCCCUCUCGCAUGGCUCUGUGGACCUUUAACUACUAACGUGACCAGUCUCAGUGUUGUUAGACAGCUUAUUUUUAUGCCGACAAAAGCACCUUAGUUGGGCUCCAUUGAUGAAAAGUUGAAAAAUAAGAGUUAAAUCCGCUGAGAGGUGAGUUUGAUAUAAGUUGUGGCUAGAAAACUUAACGUUAAGCUAACACUUGCUAACAAGACGUAACUAGUAGCUAACGUUAGUACUUGUAACUUGUAACCUCUCCAAUAUACUACAGACUGUUAUCUACGUUAUUAAAUACCGUUACUUACAUUAGCAGCGCUUAUUUGACCAUGUAACAGCUAGCUAAAUGAAGCUAAUUAAUUAGCCAUUGACCGAAGUCCCCAUCCUCUGUAAUAUGAGACCCAAGUUAUGCUAAUUUAAGCUAGUGGUGGGUAUAAUUGGCCACCGUAACGAUAGCUAACGGUGCAUUGCUGUUGGAGCGUUUCUGUGGAAGUUGAGCACUUCACUUGUUGCAUCCUCAGCUGACUGUUAGCUCCUGGGCAUAAGCUCCAUUAAUCGCAUCUCGUGUUUUGUUUUUAUGCUGUCACCUGUUAAACGGUUGUUAGUUCUGCCAUCCAUCUGCAUGAUAUGGACAUUAUAUGCGAGGUUUAGACAGCACAAAAACAGGUACACAUAAUCAUAAUUUGCUCAGGGUUAAGGCAUCUGUAAUGAACUGUUUAGUAUCCAUAUAUAGACUAUCAAAGUAUGCAUUGAUUGGGCUUCACAUAGAUUAAGCAGCAGUUGCCACAGAUUUAUUUGCUCCUCAGUGCAUACAGAGGGCUUCCAGAGUCAAGUUAUCUCUCUACUCAUAACAAAAACAUCAAAACAUAUCAUUAUUCAUUGUGCAUGCUUUCCUGUUCAGAGUGCUGCUUUCUUUCUAACAUUGAAUAUAUCACCUGUGCUUUCAUGUUGUAUUUCUUGUUGCCACAUCCAUCUAAAACAUUUUAAAACACCUGACCAUCUCUUCAAUUUUUCUCACAUCCCCCACUGUCUCAUCCUCCCAGUGACCUGCUGUGAUAAUUGCAUGCUGCAUGUCUGAUAACCACCCACCACCCACCUGCACUUCCUCUCAGUUCUCAUGCAUGGCCCCCUUCGUUAGAAAUGAAUGCCUCUCACCGUUCCUUGCAUGUUAUGCUGUGAGCGUGGCAUCAUGAGGGAAGACAGUGAUAACCGUCUGGCGCUGUCAUCCAAGAAACCAUGCCAGGGCCAGACGGACUAUGGGCAAGAGCUGCAGAGGCUGCGGGCUGAUUGGGAAGCAGAGAAGAGGCAAACGCAGCGGGCCCGUGGCCACCUUUCUGUGGAGCUGAGGCACCUACGGGAAGAAGCGGAGAGGGAACAGCAGAGGGCUGUGAGGGAGCAGGCAGCCAGGCGAGAGUGCCAAAAGGACAGGCACUCUGACAGAUACCAGCGUCUGCUUGCUAAGGAGGUGAAAACUGAAGACAGUGGACGCAAAAGUGAGUCCAGAGAAAAAGAGACUUUUUGUUUGUGCAGUGGAGAAACGUAUACAAAGCUUGAGCAAUUGCUGCUGACGCUGUAUGAGAAGAUAGAUGGUGAACAGGCAGUCUAUAAAUUGCAUCACAGGCAGGAAUUAGACCUAGAAAAGGCUGUCUUCCUCUGCCACCUGCUAGAAGCCCAUGGAAGACUGUUGCGGGGGAAGCAGGGAGCAGGACAACCCAGCUACACUCUGAAAACCCUCUCAAGAAAGCCAGCUCAGGAAGACAGCAGUAACUCCUGUCAGACAAAGUCUUGCCAGACAUACUCCAGGGCCUUGCUACAGAGAUCCCAGAGUGCCUCCCACUCAUCUCAGAAGAAAACCAAACAAGAUCGGGGUAAGCAGCCUCUAAGGAAGGCCGUCAGUGCAGCUGACCCCUGCACCACGGCCACAGUCGUGGACACCUGUUUGAGCGGCUCUCUGAAAAUUUGUCACCCUCACAACACUCCCCAUGCAGGCUGGGGCAACCACCGCCCCUACUGCGCUGAGUCCUCUGGGUCAGACAAGUCAUCACCCUCCAAAUGCAUGGACAGAAACAUGGAGAAUGGCACUGACUAUGGGUUCCUGGUGCGUCAGAACUCUGAACUGUUGCGAGCCCUCGAUGAGCUGGAGAAGACUUGUACCACACUGAGGGAGGAGAAUGGCUUGCUGCGGAAGAGCAGCGCCCCAGAGACGGAGGAGAAGGUCAGGCGGCUGAGGAGAAAGAACACAGAGCUGGCUGUUCUCGCUAAAAGGCUGGAAGAGAGGGCUCGAAAACUGCAGGAGGCCAACCUCAGAGUGGUGAAUUCCCCGUCACUGAUGAGACCCGGGUCAGUGGAACAGUACAAGAGGGCAUUUGCCCGCCAGCGAGCUCGUGACCUCGCCCAGCACGCUGAUGCACUGCUCUCUAAGGACAAAGAGAUCGCUGCCUUACAGCAAGAAUGCAGAGAGCUGGAGGCACGGCUGGGCACCACUAAGGGCUCCCCUGUUCCAUCUGGCAGAGUGGAAUUUGAGAGGCUUCUCAGGGAGUCUCAGAGGGAGGUGCUGCGGCUCCAGAGACAGCUGUCGGUCACAUCAUCCAGACAGCAGCACGACCACAGUUCCAACCCCAUUGGCCUAGGGAAGUGUGGGGAAAUUCAAGAGGUGGAGGAGGAGGAAGAGGGGGAAGAGAAGGUUGUAGGAGAGACCCCGUGUGUGGUAUUAGAUGAAGCUCCAUCCAGGUGUGAGAAGACUCCCGGAGAGGAGGAGGAGUCGGGGCUGCGAGUAACGCCCCACCCGGGCCUUAGCCCGACCCCCUCCCAUCAGGAGGACCACACAGAGGAGCAGCACCUACAGUUUCUGGAAAGCGAGCUGAGCAAGAAGAGAAAAGAAUGUGAAAACCUUGAGCAUGAAGUAAAGAAGCGGCAGAAGAGAUGUCUGGAUUUGGAGAGCCAGCUUGAGGAUGAGCGAGGCAAAAAUGAGCAACUAAAGGAGGAGGCAGAUCUCCUCAGGAGGAAGGCACAGCUGCUCGACCAGACUCGGGCUGAGAAUGAGGAGCUGAGGGAAGAUCUCUCUGAAGUGACCGCUCAACACAAUUCAGUUCUCGAGGAGAACCAGAGACUCCGUGCCAAACUGGAGAACCUAGAGCAGGUCCUAAAGCAUAUGCGAGAGGUCGCCGAGCGAAGGCAGCAGCUGGAAUUGGAACAUGAGCAGGCACUGGCUAUCCUUAAGUUCAAACAGGAUGAAAUCAAACGGUUACAGCGGGCUCAGUUAUACGCCAAGAGGGAGCAUGAAGGAGUGGUUCAGAUGCUGGAGGAGUUGACUCAGCUUGUGUUGCGGAGGGAGCUGUCAAAAGUACGAGAGCUGGAGGACAAAUGUCGCAGCCAGAGCGAACAGUUUGGCCUGCUGUCCCAGGAGUUGGAGAAGUUUCGAUUGCAGGCCUCGAAGGUGGACGUGGCCGGCUCCAGCCUCCUCACCAACCCCGGCCUCUCAGUUCUGACCAAUGGGGUGGGCCUGACUACAGAGCGAGACUGCACUGGUGGCUCAUGGGAUAUGGUGUCCCUGGGUGAAAUAGCCUUCUGGAGUCUCGAGGGAGGUGACACUCUCUCCUGCCCUGAGGAUGUGGCUGCUGCACUGCGGCUCGGGGCCACCCCCCACGCUGCAGGGCUGUCCAGGGUGGAGCGCUCGCCCGUCACUAAGCAUCGAGAGCUGCCCACCAUCAGUGUCAGCAAGUCAGGCUCUUCCUCCAGCAAGUCAGAGACCACACACCUCACCCCCAAGUCUGACACCCACCUCAGUCCGCACAAGUCAAGUCCAACACACGAGGUGGACACUGCCAGUGAAGUGGAGGAGCUGGAUAUUGAUGUAGCCCCAGCUCCUUACACAGCCAGCAGAGGAGCAGCAAAGCUUCAGGUUUUCAUUGCAAGAUACAGCUAUAAUCCGUAUGAUGGCCCCAAUGACAACCCUGAAGUGGAGCUUCCACUCACUGCUGGAGAAUACAUCUACGUGUAUGGAGACAUGGAUGAUGAUGGCUUCUAUGAAGGUGAGCUGAUGGAUGGACGGAGAGGGCUGGUCCCCUCUAACUUUGUGGAACGUGUAUCGGAUGACGAUGUCAUGAGCACACACCAUCCAGAGACGGGGGACAUGUCCCAUAACUCCUUGCUAGACAGCAGCCUGCACAGUGCCAGCCACCAGCAUCACCUCCACGUGGGUGUCAGCGCCUCGGAAAGGACCGAGGUGUCUGCCGCCUCCGGCCCUGCCUCAGCCCCCUCAGAUUCAGCAUCGGCCUUGGCUGUCCCAGCCCCCCUCACCAACGGCCUGGACUUGGAUUUGGAGGAGGUGGGAGUGGACAUUGUGCCUUACCCACGUAAGCUCACCCUCAUCAAGCAGCUUGCCAAGAGCAUCAUCAUCGGCUGGGACCCUCCGUUGGUGCCGGCUGGGUGGGGCAAUGUGUGGAGUUAUAAUGUGUAUGUGGACCAGGAGCUGCGGCUCAAUGUGCCCUUCGGUGCCCAGACCAAAGCGGUGCUGGAGCGGCUGGACGUAAACCUCAAGGCCUACCGUGUGUCAGUGCAAAGCCUGACAGAAAAGGGCCCCUCAGACCAGCUGCGUUGCAGCAUGCUGGUCGGUCGGGACGUUUGUGUGGCGCCCACGCAACUGCGUGUGGAGAGGAUCACCGCCACCUCUGCCAACCUGACCUGGCUGCCCAGCAACAGUAACUAUGUGCACAUUGUGUCCUUGAAUGAGGAGGAGUGUGAGCUGGUGAAGGCUGGCUGCUGCUCGCUGUGCCUCAAUAACCUCCUGCCCAGCCUGCAGUACACGGUCAAAGUGGAGGCACGGCCACACCGCACGCCAUGGGAGUUACCUGUGGAGCGGCGUGAACACAGAAGCGCUACCAUCACCUUCACCACACUGAUGGCAGGUCCCCCUGAUGCUCCUCUGGAUGUCCAGCUGGAGCAUGGCCCCUCCCCGGGCAUUGCCCUCAUCAGCUGGCUGCCAGUCACUAUAGAUGCUGCCGGGACCUCCAAUGGAGUCCGUGUCACUGGAUACACUAUUUAUGCUGACAAGAAAAAGGUGCUGGAGGUGUCUUCCCCAACAGCCGGCAGUGCCCUGCUGGGCCCCUCUCAGAUGCAGUCCUUGCUGGCAGCUCAGGAGCUCACUGUCCGCACCAUGUCCGCCCAUGGGGAGUCCUGUGAUUCUUUACCAGUCAAUGUGCCCUCAAAGCUGGCUGCCAUCAUGGCAGGUCCAGCUGUCGCCGCCCCAGUUGUGCCACCCCUACCCUGCAACCCUACGGGUUCCAUUAACCUGCCCUCUCCCCAGUCCUACGGGAACUCUGCUGCCAAAGUCUCCAUGCUGCCCAGCCCUUUGCCACCAGACACAAACAUCACUGGCCUCACAGUGGAGGCUGCUGCCAACUCCCCUCACGCUCUCCACCCAGAAGGUCUUCUCUUAACUACUUCAUAUGUGAACGCUUGGGCCAACCCCUGUUCUGCUGCUGCCUUGGCUGUAUGUGAGGCCACAUUACCAGUUGCCUCCACCAUUACUCCAGUGGUUAAUGUGACCUCCCCCCCGACCGCAUCACCUCAACCAUUGCCUGUAGCAGCACCAGCACCAGCACAGUCACCAGUAACAGCAGCAGCAGCAGCAGUGUUGGAGCAGCACAGAGACACCGACAGCCCUGGAACGAUACGUCCUUUCCCAUCUCUCACAGAGUUCAUCGAGGACUCCAGUGCCAAGCUCGGGACCCCUGAGCGCAUCCCUACCCCACCCAAAGCCCCGAUCGCAGACUUCCUUAACCCUCAGGACAUUAACCUCCACCGACCCCCCAGCACCUCACCGCUGGAGUCAGAGGCAGAGGAGGAGCUGGAGAAUACCCGCUUGGUGUCCAUCGAAGAGUUCUUGAGACAGGACCAAGAGCCAGCGUACUGCAUGAAGCAGCAGAGUCACAGCAGAGGGCUUGUGGAGCCUCCCAGUGAUUACCACGCAGACAACAGCCGUUCAGAUCUGUCUGACAUCCUGGAGGAGGAGGAGGAGGACCUUUAUUCAGACCACCUGGGAGAAGCACAGGCCAGGGGCUACACAGUCGCACCUAACAGGUCACGCAAGUUGGAGACUCCAGACAGUGAUGAGGAGGUUCUUGAGAGGAUCCUCAAGUUGCCUGCUCAGGUCCAACACAACACGCAGCUGUUCAGCAUCCCCGAGGUGACAGAAGAGGAAGAUAGCAGUCAAGAAGAGCUUUUAACCCACCGCAGUCACCCUCGGCCCAGGCCCAGCCACCUUCGCCACAGAGACUCAGAACGCCUCCACCAUGCCCCCCAGCAUCACCCCAACCCACAUCCACACCCAAACGUUCCCCCACACCAUCACCACUUCAACAGGGAUCCUAGAUCACUAACCAAAGAGCCUUUACUCAGGCACGGAUCCUCGCAGGUCAAACCUAAGACGCAGCACAGGGUGCACUACGCAGACACGGUGGACACCAUCAGUUAUCCUGAAGAAGAGGACCUGUGUUUAUAUCCGGGUCCCACCAGCAAGCGAGUCUCAGCCCGCUGUCCUUCCCAGCUGACCCCCACCAGCAAAGCACUGCUCAGAGGGCUAGGGGACCGCCUUAGGAGGGAGGCCAUGCUCAGGAGUCAGAUGGCUGUCGCCGCAGCAGCCAACCCCGGCUAUGGUCUUACCCCGCCAAGACCCUACCCAGCCAGCAAAACAGUACACACUGUGAGGUCACAGAUUGGUCGCGGGGUGGAGAUUGACGUGGAGUACGGCACGGAUGACAACGAGGAGCCUGUGGAAUACAGUCCGGGGGAGGUGGUGCUGGAGCAGAUGAGCUCUGAGUGGUGGGUGGAGGGGGCUCAGAUGGAGCACAGCAGACCUCAUCACCGCCGAGGGCUGAAGGCCGAUCCGCUGGAGCCCGGCCAAAUCCCUCCAGCCGAGGCCGGCCCAUCAUGGGGAGCGCAGGCUGAGCUCUCUUCUAAACCAGCGUGCUCACAGGCCAGGCAACUCAAAGGUGUUGAUUCACCAAAGAUGAAAGGAGAGAGUGACAUACGGAUCUUUGUGGCCCUCUUCCCUUAUGAUCCCGCCACUAUGUCGCCUAAUCCUGAUGCUGCUGAGGAGGAGCUGCCCUUCACUGAAGGACAGAUCAUCAAAGUUUACGGAGAUAAGGACGCAGACGGGUUCUACCGAGGAGAGUGUGGUGGUCAUCUGGGCUACGUGCCGUGCAACAUGGUGUCUGAGAUCCAGGUGGAGGAUGAGGAGACCCGGCAGCAGCUCCUGCAGCAGGGCUUCUUGUCCACAGCGGCCUCCAUGGAGAAGAUAGUGGAGUCUGCGGCACUCUGGGAGGAGAGCGUAGACUCCUCCAGCCAAGAUCCCAGCCAGACUGCCCCCGCUGCUGCAGCCGUGGGGAACCCGGCCCCAGGAGCUCGCAGGAUGGUCGCCAUCUUUGAUUAUGAUCCACGAGAGAGCUCCCCCAACACUGACAUAGAGGCUGAGCUGACCUUCAGCGCAGGAGACAUCAUACAUGUGUUUGGUGACAUGGACGAAGACGGCUUCUUCUACGGAGAUUUGAACGGACACACCGGCUUAGUGCCCUCCAACUUCCUGCAGGCCGUACCAGAGGACGCUCCAGCCCAGCACCACGCUGCUCAGUCUGCACCAGAGCCCAAGAAGGAAUCACAGGGUACCUGGACGUCUUCUACAGAGACACAAGAUCCCUCCACCCUAGAAGAGGCUUUGCACCCUCAAACAGAACCUCCCGUCCCCGACCCAACAGAGCACACAGAGCUGCGACCCAAACUGGAAACCACUGCAGGCCUCACAUCAGACCUGGACCUAGCUCCAGCUCCAGCUCCAGCUUUGGGUCCAGCUCCAGCUCCAGCAGCAGCGGAGGCCUGCUGCUCCCGUCCAGCCCCUCUUGCAGCCGACCCUCCGACACCAACAGACUGCUCUGCACAAGGCAAGAAGAAGAAAGGCUUUUUCUCCAAAGGCAAGAAGCUGUUCAAAAAGCUGGGAUCCAGCAAAAAAGAAUGAGAGUCGGGACGACUGACUCAGAAUACUUGCAUCACAUUGAAAGCACUUUUUCUAACUCCACUGUUAGUCUCAGUUGGUUAGCGGCCAUCAGAUCUAAUAACAGUAAUUAUACAUUUGCCUUAGAGCACUGCUAGCAGCUGUUAAAUUUAGAGCACAUCAACACACCGCUUACAGCAUCACACCGGCAUGUAGAAGCGCAUGUCGAAGUGUGCAAAUAUACUCUCUGAAUACUACCUAAUUAAUCUAAGCAUUUGCAAACUUUCAACUCAGUAGAAGCUUUAAUGCUCGAUGUUAAACAGUUAUCUCUCGAUGGAUCGGAUCUAUCUGAACAGCAGACGAGACUUUAGCCCAGUUCAGACACAGCUAAUGAAUUAUUAGCUUUAAUGUUCAUAUUCUGGUGCCACUUUAUUUAUUUGAAGCAAGCAAACAGAAGCAGCGGUCUUUUUCUUCCUCUGUGUGACUGUAAAGAAUGCACUAUUUUAAGUAUUUGUCUGCUUGUCCCUCACGUGUCUCUUGUCUCUAAGAGUAUUUAUACUUUGUACAGAAUAUGUUAUUUAUUUGCAUCAGACUCCUGCCCUCACCAUCACCACAUUGCAUGACGUGACAUCAGGGCAGGAGGUUAGUCAUAUGAUAGGUGUAGUUUAGAUUUAAAUAGUUUUGGGGAUUUGACGUUGAACAGCUGAGACUGUUAAAUGAAGCUGAACAUACUGUAAAGAAUGUGAAGAGAGGUGUGUGUGUGUGUGUGUGUGUGUGUGUGUGUGUGUGUGUGUGUGUGUGUGUGUAGACGAAGCAGUCCAGUCCACUGGUGAGACUGGGAACAGAUGCCUUUCUCAGACAUUAACACAGGAACUCUUGAUGUUUGUGACAACAGUCACAACUGGCCUAAAUGUUGCAUACUACAUAUUUUGUGUGUGUGUGUGUGUGUGUGUGUGUGUGUGUGUGUGUGUGUGUGUUUGUGAGAGAGAGAGACCUGCAGUGUGUGCAAAAAUGUGGUAGUAUCUGGGGAUCAGCAGGCUGCUCUGUUAGCUGAUAGGGCUGCAACUAGUGAUUAUUAUUUAAUCACUGUUGAUUAAUCUUUUGAUCAUUUUUUCGAUUAAUCAAUGAAUCAUCUGGUCUAUAAAACAUCCAGAAAAGGUUAAAAAAGCCGGUCACAGUUUCCUACAGUCCAACGUGAUGUCAUGAAAUGUCUUGAUUUAUCCAACCAACUGUUCAAAACCCAAAUAUAUUUAAUUUACUACCAUGUAAGACAAAGAAAAAGUGAUUUUGUUUUUUCAAAGAAUUUAUGAUUAUGUUCAUUUCUCAAGAUAAAAAGUUAAUUUUUCCAGAAUCUUGAGAAAAUGAUAUAUAUUUUUUUCUUCAUGAGAACCAGCUAUCAUGAGAAAAUAAAAGGUAGUUUCUUCUUAUGACUUGAAAUGUUUAUCAGGGAUGAGUAGCGCCAUGGCAGCAUGCACAGAUGGCAUCUUGACGACCGUAGCAGCUGAUUUAAGGUGUAACUGUCACAUCAAGAGAACCCGUUAUUGAUCACAUUCAUGCCUCGCCUUGACAGUCAUGACAGUGAUCUUGAAGACGGUGUCAUCAAAUGAAUCGGACGCUCAUUUUAGAGUUCUCCAUAAUUAAAAUCUCCAUAAUUAUUAUCUCAAGAAAUUUGUUUUGAAGUUUUGUUUUCUUCAAAAUCAACAUAAAUGUAAUUGUUAUCUUGAGAUAUAAUUUGGAAAAAUUAACUUGUGAUUUUGAGAACACGUCCCUUCUCAGCUUCCAUAGCUGUUCACAUGGUUGCUGAUCGAUUUUCUCUCUAUGAUUUCCAGUGGUUUUAACAGUCUGUAAGUGUGAGCAGUAAGAGUCACGUUGAUGGGAAAUACGGAAGGAAAUCUAUGGAGCAACAUAAAAAUGGUUUAUAUUAACAGAUUUUGUCACUCCCUAUAAGAGUGGGGCGUGACUACAGUUCCCAUGAUUUUAGGGACUUUAGGAGAUGUAAGCAUGAAGUACAGUGUUGUCAUGUGAGUGAGUUAGCAACAACUUCAGCCCCAUUUCUUCUUCCUAUAUUUGUGUGGCACCGUACAAAGUAGGGCUAUAUUGGCAAGAAUCUGGCUAUAUGAAACGUUUCAAGAAACAGGGGUUACAAUUAAAUAUAUUGCAGGGGUUUUCUUUUUGAUUUAAUUUCAGGAAAACUGACAUAGUAUAAAGAACACACCAGUAUGUGCAUAAAAAGGUUUGCUUAUUUUAUGAAAUCAGAACAGAGGGAUCUGUAUUUGUAUUCAUUGCGGUCCCUGUAAUAUUUAACAUUAUGGCACCACGUUUUGUUCAGCCUGAGCAAACAUUUAACAUUAGUCCACAUCGGUAAAAAAAUAAAUCAAAGUGCUUGCAGGAUUCUUUAGGUAAACAGAUUAAGAAAAUAAAGAAAUGUAAAAAAUUAAAAAUCUAUGACAGUGUUUUUGAGAAUCGAUACAGUAGCACUAAAUGUAAUAUUGUGAUGCUGCAGAAUGUUCUAUUGGCACUUCCUGUUUGCAGUGUUGCCACGGAUGUACAGAUGUUUACCACUGAAUUAGUUUGAUACUGAGAAAACUUAAAGACGUGAUGAUUCUGAGGCAAGUUUGAAGUUCAUUUUUCUGUCAUGUCCAAGGGACAGUUUGAAAACCUCUCGACUAACUGAUUAAUCGACCAGCUGUUGCAGCUCUAUUCAAUUACCAGUCCGCAACACUUAAAAAUGUUCUCGUUUAACUUGAUGUCCAGAUCAGAGUGAAGCAGAGUCAGUCGUGCUGGUUACAUUAAUAACAUACAGUAUUUAAGCCGUUGGGAUUCAUUGUGGUUUGAAUGUAGCGUGUAGGAACACUAACUAGAGCUGCAUUUAAAGUUUCUGGCACUGGUGGUUUGUGGCGCUAAUGUACUGUUACAGACUGCAAUAAGAUGUUUGUGUAUCUUUUCUUUUGCCUCCAUGUUUGAGUGUAACGACGUUCAUCAUGUGGUGUGUGAAUAUUGGGUCAGACAGGCUAAAUAGUGUCUAUCGAUUAGUUUUUUGUGUCCACACAUUUGCAUCAUCGAAACGUAGACUGUUUAAAGCUGAAUAAUACAACUUUAGCAAUAUUGUGUACUGCAGUACUAGAAAAAAAACACAACCGCUCUGUCUCGUCUCAUGGUUUGUGGCGCUGCAUCAACAUGUAGUGUUCAGUUACGGUGUGAGUGUGUGGACCAGGCCUUAGGAUUGAGCUUGUUAGUCAGUAACAACACAUUCUGAUUGGAUCUGUUCUCUGUGCGACACGGGGCUGUUAGGUAAACUUCUCAGGUUUCUACUUGUAGUUUCUUGCCACCCGUUGACUCUGGCUGUCAAAAACUGCAGAAUAUGCCAAAAUCUUAGGUGCUUUGCCUGUAACCAUAGCGACGAGAGACCAAGCAUCCAGCAGCAGCAGCAGCAGCAGCGUGGGGACAUUCAGUGGGCUGGUGUGGGUUUGUUUUAAACAUCAGAGCUGACCUGAUGGAGUCACACCUGAUGACACAAGUCGGAGGCAAUUCUCUCUUUUUUUUACGUUAAAGGGAUUGUUUAGAUUUUUUUUAAAGUUGGGUUGUUUGAGGUAGUUAUCCAUCAUCAGUGUAUUUCCUACAGUAGAUGGCGGUCAGCGUGUCCUCACUUUGGAAAAGCAGGCAGGGGGAACCUCCUCGGACGCUCUGCAGUGUACUUCUGUGGACGAGAGCAGCAGCACCUAAAGACAUCAAUAUCAGUUUAGGUGGUGAAUGCUAAAUUUAGAAUAUUCGCUCCGCUUUACCUUUCUGUCAGACAGCCUUUUCUGACAGGGAGCUGAAGCUAUUAAGACACUCUCUUCAAAGCCACCAGACUCUUUUGACAGAAAUCAUAAUUUUACCUCACAGAACACUUUUAUAAUAUAACGAGCGAUAUAACGGCUUCAGGUCCCCCUGAAAGGGCUCCAUGACAUCAAGGUAAAGAGGUGAAAACACUGUAAAUAUAGCGCACACUUAAACAGAUAUAGAUAUUUUAAGGUGUCUAAAAUACAUUUUGCUGCUGCCCUCAUCCACAGCAGUACGCUGCUCAGCUUCUGUGUCAGUAUUCCUGUCUGCUUCUCCAAACUAGGGGCGUGCCAGCUGCCAUCUACCGUAGGUAAUACACUGACUAUGGAUCGGCACCUCAUACGACCCCACUUAUAAGAAUCCGAACUGUCCCCUCAAUGUCAUGAAUGUUUCUUCAGUGUUACAUAAAGGGAGCAUGAUGAUGCCAAGAAAAAAUAGACACUUUAGAUGUAAAAUAGCCGGGAUAGAGGCAAGACUGAGGCUGUACUGUAUGUUUUAUUUAUGGUUUUUUUUUGUUUUUUUUUUGUCUGUUUUUUUAAAAAGGGGGUUGGAUGCUCAAAAGUUGCCGAAAUGUACAGCGAAUAUUUGUACUGAUCUUGUUUUUGACGGCCUUUAAUGCACAAGUAUUCCUCGACCUGCUGUGUAGUGAGUAGGCGGCUCCGCUGUUGACUGAAUAGACCCAUGUAGGUAGUGUUUUAGCUCAGUUGAUCAUAUUUAGCCUUACAAGAAGACCUUGUUUAGUCUUAAUAUGUUGUUUACAGGAUGUUUAUCGACUGCAUGCAUACCAAUGUUAUACCCAUGUUCGGCCUUAUUUAUGUUACUGUCAUAUUUAUGUUUUUCUAGGCGGACUCGUCUACAAUAUUGUAGAUUGUCAAUGCAGUGGACAGGAAGCUGUAGGAGAGGUGUGUGUGUAUAUAAUGAACAGUGUUGUGGUAUAUUUUCAUACAGCGUGGGAUUUUUUUUUUUUUUUUUGUCUUUCCUGACCUGCAUUCAUUGUUUGAAAGUGGAAGAUUUACCUUUUUAUAUAUUAAUGUUUUUAUUACCCUUUUGGCAUCUGUAAAUAUUUUUGUUAAUAUUGUUUUUCAGAUUUUUUUUGCAUGCGCAGGCAUUGUGGAUGGAGGAACUGUAACUGAGGAUGUAGUACACAGAGGACUUGAAAUUGUGAUCUUUCAAUAUGGAUCUUUUUACAGGAAUAAAGUAUGUAUAUUUUCACAGAAAACACUGAGUCAAUAAUGUUUGUGGUGCCCCUUGAAAACAGACAUUAACACAAGGUAGGUUUGAUUUUAAUUUUUAUUGAAUCUCACACAGAUAAUACAUCAUAUAAACAUGAUUAUCUUUUUUUUAUUGCAGGACAGUUAAAGCAGAUGAGUUUCUAAAAUGGAGGAAAGAGUCGCAAGCUUUGCUCUGCGCCACACGCCACCCAUGUGAACUGACUGGGGCAACACUCUGGGUAAUGCGUGGCCUUGUGAGACAAAGCUGCUUCCUCUUUCUUCUGACUUCCUGCGCAGGCUGCGCGCGCCGUCGGCCUCCGUGCUCCCUGAAGCCAACAGUACACUCAUCCAUAAAGUAGGAAACACUACACUGUGGCGAGGAGUUUAGUAGUGCUUUCUACUUUAUGGAUGACUGCACUGUACAUCCUCUGCUCGUCUUCUCUCACUUCUCCGUUCUUCUGCACCUGCGCUCGCCUCUGCAGCUGCACACACCGACCAAACCCCGCCCAGUCACACACAUUCUUACACCAAACUGAAACCUCAGCUCAAACAGCCCUCGCUUUAAUGGCGAACCUGAAAAUGCACACUUCCUGAUUUGCCUUGAAACAUUUGCAUGCACAGUUUUACAGACAGUUUCUUCAAAUCUAUGUGAAGCCUGUUGGUAGCAUUUUUGUACAAGACAAAAAUCAACCAAAGGGCCCCACCCACGUGCCUCCAAACGCCCCUUGGUGCAGUGUUUGAGGCAAAAGUCAGAACUUGCCAAAAGGAAGCGCUAUCUUGAGGAAGCCAUUUUGGCAGGCAUGAGUAAGCUUUUCUGUCUGAGCAACAGAUCACAUUCAAAAAGUCUUGUAAAGUAAGUGUAGAAAUAAACUGAAAUAUAAACCAUCUGAUAGAUACACUUAAACAAAAUCAAUAAUAUUAUACUAAAAAAAAGUAAAAAGUUUUUUUAAUCCAAGCUCCAAAUGGACGUCUGAGUCGAGGUCAGUCGUGCCAGAAGUGAAAAGAAAAGUUAAUGAAGUAAAAGCUGAAACACUUUAAUUAUCCGACACAUUAAAAGCAUUUUAAAUCAAAUAAUUCUUGCCUUAAAUACACACCAUGUCGUCCAUCAAUACUUCACCUCAACCUGCAUUUCUUUUCUCUUCUUUCAAGCGGCAGUCGUCCGGCAGCCUCACAGGUGUCUUCUGUCUGUCCGAGUGCUGGAUGAAGAAGAAGAAGAAGAAGUUGUCUCCUUUUGAACCCUCCACAACCACGUGAUGUAACCACAGGAAGAGGUCUAACAGUCACAGCCGCUCUCUUCUUCUCUCCUCUUCCGUCUUGACUCUCUGCCUGCUGGAGGCGCUUUUUUAAAACGCUGAAGACACACGAUCACAGUGACACAAACUAAAACACUCAACAUUUGAGAGUCUUUAAAGUACUAACACUUUGAUAACAUUUUUUGAAAUAAUUUUAUUGUUUUGUCAACUUCAAAUAAAAUCAUUA